AUGGCUUCAAAGACCUUCAACGUCGGCGUCGUGGGCUAUGGCAUGUCCGCCAAAGUCUUCCACAUCCCCUUCAUCACCACGACGCCUCAGUUCAAGCUGCACAGCAUUGUCCAGCGCAGCCCCAAGGACGGCAACUCGGCGCCUCAGGACCACCCGGAGGCGAAGCACUACACCGAUGUCAAGCAGCUCCUGUCGGACCCAGAUGUCGACGUCGUCGUCGUCACGACCCCGCCCGACAACCACUUCCAGCUCACAAAGGCCGUUCUCGAGGCCGGCAAGCACGUUCUGACGGAGAAGCCCUUCGUGCCCACGUCGGCCGAGGCCGACAAGCUCGUUGCCAUUGCCAAGGAGAACAAGCGCCUCAUCUGCGUCUACCAGAACCGGCGCUGGGACUCGGACUUUUUGACCGUCAAGCACCUCAUUGAGAAUGAUGUCCUCGGCCGCAUCGUCGAGUUCAACACGCAUUUCGACCGUUACCGCGCCGCCGCCCCCACCAACUGGAAGGGUGAGCUCGGCAUUCCCUCGGGCGGCAGCGCCGUCUUUGACCUGGGCACCCACCUCGUUGACCAGGUGUACACGCUGUUCGGCAUGCCACGGGCCGUCCACGGCCGCCUCAUGUCCCAGCGCUCCGGCAAGGCCGACUUCUUCAAUCCCGAUGGCGUGGCGGCCGAGCUGACGUACCCCAACGGCAUGCUUGUCAACGUCCGCAUCAGCGUGCUCAGCGCCGAGCUGGUCCAGCCGCGCUUCUGGGUCCGCGGCUAUAAGGGGAGCUUCCACAAGGUCGGCCUCGACCCGCAAGAGGACCAGCUUAAGGCUGGCGCCAAGCCCACUGAUGCUGGCUUCGGGAAAGAUAGCCCGGACAGCAUGCGCCUCAUUCUGGUGGGCGAGGACGAGAAGAUGACACAAGGCAAGGUGCCCGACCUGGAGCCCGAGACGUACAAGGUGUUUUACUCCGCCUUUGGCAAGGCCGUCGCCAGCGGCAAGGAGGAAGACGUCCCCGUGAAGCCCACCGAGGCGAGGGACGUGCUUCGCAUUCUCGAGGCCAUUAUGGAGAGCGCAAAGACCGGUCGGGACGUGACCUUCUCCUGA